GUCACUUUCUACUCGAGCAUUCAAAUCAAAAUCAUUUCCAUAAAUCCAUUUUUUCACGUAGUCGCUUCAAAUACGUUCCAGAAUCAAAACAACGUCGUUUCAAGUUCAGAUGGAAUCAACGGCGAAGCCAGCGGGUGGUAGAAAGGGAGGAGUGAAGAAGAAGGCAGUAUCUAAGUCGGUAAAAGCGGGGCUCCAAUUUCCCGUGGGUCGUAUAGCUCGGUUCCUCAAGAAAGGUCGUUAUGCGCAGCGUUACGGCGGUGGCGCUCCCGUUUAUCUUGCCGCCGUCCUUGAGUAUCUUGCCGCUGAGGUUUUGGAACUGGCGGGGAAUGCGGCACGUGACAACAAAAAGAACAGGAUCAACCCGAGGCACGUGCUACUAGCAGUGAGGAACGACGAAGAGUUGGGUAAGCUUCUUCAAGGAGUGACCAUUGCUAGCGGGGGUGUUCUUCCAAACAUUAACCCAGUGUUAUUACCCAAGAAAACUGCUGCUGCUGCAUCUGAUUCUGAAAAAGCUAAAUCCAAAUCCCCUAAAAAGGCAUAGACAUUGGAUUUGAUGCAAACAAUGUACAACUCUUUUUGCUUCUGUGGUAUUCUAGUGGUUUAGGGAUCUCGCCAUUUUUUUGUAUUAUCUUAGAAAUGGUGGAUGAUAAUUGGUAUUUUGGCUUUAAAACUUUGUACUCUGAUUCCGCAUUUUGUAAAGUGCUCCAAGCAAAUGGAUUGCUUUUUUUAUUUAA